AUGCUUUGUUUUAUAAGGAAAAUAUUUAUUUUAAAAAUACACCUCUCACCUCACAUAUAUUCUGUUAUUUGCAUUACUGAUAUUACUGAUACUGAUAUUGUCUUACUGGUCUCCUUUAGCUGUUCCCGUCUCCAUUCAGCCUUCCUGGGGCCCACACUGUGGUUUAUAAACUCUGUGUCCUUCACAUCUUCUCAACUGAUGCACUUUUCUUUGGUGCUUUGUUUGCCUCAAGAUAUGAAAGUUUUGUUUUGUAACAACAUCAGAAGUAAGCUGACUUUAAAGGACUAUGAUAUUUCUUAG